CUUUACUAGAUGGCGGUGAGAGUCUCUAUGUUAGGUUUUGUCCAUUACAUAUAACACAAGUGAAGUAUCUGACUUAACACAAUAGUGAGACCCAAACAAACAUGGGCAGGAGAGAAUGACUACGUUUUAGGAAAGUGAAUCUAAUAUAUACAGUAUAACAAGAUUCCUAAAAAAUGAGCAUACCAAGUUUACCGCUCUCCUCAGUACUACGGACCAGACAUGAAGAAGCAGAGGGCGAUGAACCAAAGAAAAAAACACGAGAAGAAUGGAAGAAGGCAAAAGAACUUGAAGAAGCCCGGAAAGCUGGUACUGUUCCAGCUGCUGUUGAUGAAGAAGGUAAAGACAUAAAUCCCCAUAUUCCUCAAUAUAUAGCAACAGCACCGUGGUAUUUUGGUUCACUUGGUCCAACACUUAAACAUCAGCGUCCACAACCAGAAAAACAAGACUCAUUUAAUCAUCUCAAUGAGCAUUAUGUUAGGGGACAUAAAGGAAGUACAGCCACACGUUACCGAAAAGGUGCGUGUGAAAAUUGUGGAGCCUUAGGGCACAAGAAGAAGGACUGUGUAGAGAGGCCCCGCAAAGUUAGUGCCAAAUAUGAUGCUCAUAAUAUUGCACCAGAUGAUAUUAUGCUACCCGAUCUUAACCUUGACUUCGAUGGAAAGAGGGAUAGGUGGAAUGGGUUUGAUCCAUCUGAAUAUGCAGCUGUUGUUGAAGAACAUAAAAAAGUAGAAGACUACAAAAGACAGAUUAAGGCUAAGAAAUUAAAGGAAGGGGAAGAGAUGAGUGAUGGUGAACCAGAUGAUGAUGAUGAAGAUGAGGACAAAUAUGCUGAAAGUGUUGAUAUGCCAGGUACCAAAGUAGAUAGCAAACAAAGAAUUACAGUGCGUAACCUGCGUAUACGUGAAGAUACUGCCAAGUACUUGAGAAAUCUGGACCCCAGUUCAGCUUACUAUGAUCCAAAAACACGUUCCAUGAGGGACAACCCUUACAAAGGUACCGGAAGAAAAGAUGAUGAGGUUGACUUUGCUGGAGAAAAUUUUGUGAGGUUUUCUGGAGAUACUGUUGCCCAGGCUAAGGCUCAGCUGUUUGCAUGGGAUGCUUAUGAGAAAGGUGUAGAUGUCAGUCUUCAAGCUGAACCUACAAAACUUGAACUGUUAAAAAAGCAAUUUGUUAACAAGAAGGACGAAUUCAAGAAAAAGGUAUCAGAUGAUCUUUUAGAAAAAUAUGGUGGAAAAGAACAUUUAGAUUCUCUGCCAACAGAACUUUUGCUCUCUCAAACAGAAAAUUAUGUUGAGUACUCCCGACAUGGCAAAAUCAUCAAAGGCGCUGAGAAGCAGACUGUACUAUCAAAAUACGAAGAAGAUAUUUAUCCAGGAAAUCACAUGAGUGUCUGGGGAAGUUACUGGAGAGAUGGUGUGUGGGGAUAUAGUUGCUGCCACUCUUUUGUAAAGAAUUCAUAUUGCACAGGUGAAGCUGGAAAAGUAACAAAAUCAGAGGUACCAUUAGUUGGUACAUCAACUUCAGCUGUUCCUGACACACCUCACAGAGAUAGUUCUGAUGAAGAGAACACAAAAACCCUGCUUGAACUACACAGGGAGAAGAAAAAGAAAAAGAAAAGGAAGAAGAAUAAGAAGAUGAAGAAAAAGAAGGAUAGUAGCAGUAGUAGUAGUGAAUCUAGCAGUGAAUCAGAAAAUGAGGAGAAAAAGGAAGAAAAACGUAAACAGAAGUUGCGUGAAGCACUGAUUCGUGCCAAGAUGGAAGAAGAAGCAGCUCAAGAAAUGAUGAUGUUGAAUGAACGUGAGCGAAGUUAUAACUCAAUGUAUAAAGCCAAGAAACCCACAGAGGAGGAGAUUGAAGCAUAUCAGAUGAGAAGACAGAGAGAAGAUGACCCCAUGGCUGCAUUUCUUAGUAAAUGAGGUUAAGGUUUAAAUAGAUAUGCCUGGGACAGUAUUCUGGUUUGCAUAUAGACACUGACUUGUUUCAUACCUAUUUAAAAUGCAUCGAUCUUAAAAGGGUUCUCUUAAUAAUAUACCUGUACUUUAGUCACAUUUCACAUUUAUGUUUGCAUUAAUAGAUAUGUUAGAAAAAUUUCAACAGAUUCCUCUGAAACAUCAUGGGUUACUGCAUUUGACAAGGUGAUGCAAGCCAAUAAUACAUGUUCAAAAGUGAAUGGAUUCACUAUUAAAUGAACUUGCUGAUAGACAAGCAAUCAAGGGGAACAAGUAACCCACCAGUUGGUGAAUAUGAAUAAUCAGAACAAGGGUUCAGCAUCUAUCCUGACACCCUACAUCAUAGCAAGAAAAGGCUUGCCAGUUUAAAAAAUAUAUACCAUAAUUUUACUUAAAAAUCUUGGAAGUUUCCCUAUCUAUCUUUUUUUUUUUUUUUUGCAUUCAACUUACUAUAGUUGAUGUGAAAUUUAAAUAAAUUUGAACAUUUCUUAAGUGGGAUUAUAUUACUUGGCUCAAUUUAAGUAAAAAAAAAAAAAGAAAAAAAAGGGGCAUAUAAAUACUGUACGUGCAAUUCACCUUGGACAUGACACAAAUUAUCAUAUCCAAACACGGCACAGUAUCACUAAUCCAAAUAACCCACAAUAAAAUAAAGAACUGUACAGUACAAGGUUCUGAAAUAAUUUUGUUUUUAAAUUAGAUGAUACUUGGGAUAUCCUGUCUCCUAAUCAGAGGUCAAGGUUGUGUGUACUGUAGUUUAGAGAAGAGGUACACAUGGAAGCUACACUCUUGUCCAAACCUCCCUCCUCUCAGAGAGGAAGUUUGACUCCCUUCAACUCCAGUGUCAUUCCCUCUGUGAGGUGACAACUAAAGUGGAAUGCCUCCCUUUUGUGUAAUGAAAACUGCCUGUCGGGCAAAUUUUUACCAUUUCAUUUAAAAGCAUUGCUUACAAUUAUAACAAUGUAACUACUGUACAGUAUUUGCAAAUAAAGUUGGUUAAAUCUU